CUCUGAGCCGUGCUGAUGAAAGCAAACGUCAGUAUGACAUUCGUUAUUGAACGCCGUCCGUGUAACCCCUUCCAGACCGCUGGAGCGAGGGUGGCGUAAAGCCAAAGAGGGAACACCUGGGCCGCCCAAGGUGCCCCUGCGGCAGGAGGUGGUGAGCGUCAACGGGCAGCGGCGCGGCCAGCGAAUCGUAGUCCCGGUCAAGAAACUCUUUGCCCGAGAGAAGAGGCCGUAUGGACUGGGCAUGGUGGGAAAGCUGACAAACCGCACUUAUCGCAAACGUAUAGACAGCUACGUCAAGAGGCAGAUAGAGGACAUGGACGACCACAGGCCUUUCUUCACGUACUGGAUCACCGUUGUGCAUUUACUCAUCACUAUUCUGGCUGUAUGUAUCUACGGUGUUGCACCAGUGGGAUUCUCCCAGCAUGAGACGGUUGAUUCUGUUUUAAGAAACAAAGGUGUGUACGAGAACGUCAAAUUUGUGCAGCAGGAGAACUUCUGGAUCGGGCCGAGUUCGGUGAGCAGAGUGUAGAUGUUUCCUUCUGUAUCCAUUUUGAAAACAUUGUAAAUAUUCCAAUUUUGAUGUCUAUUCGAAACAGCUCAAACUCACAGUCCAAAAGACAUACAGGUGGGGAAUUGGGUUAUCGUUCGUUCCAUAUUGACUACCGGAGUGAAUGUCUGUAUGGUAGUGUCAGUAUAUAUUACCUAGGAACCAUGGGUAAAACAAUUCUUCAGUGACAGAUUAAGAUUAUUACAGCAUCCCGCUAGUUAGAUAUUGUGAGUCAGUGUUUCCCCUGGAGGGUAAGUGGUUUUGGGUUCAAUGCCUCUCCUCAUUCUACAAACCAACGGGAAAAACUUCUGACCUCAGAAAGUUCUAGUUAGAAAGUCAUCUGACCGAAAGGCACGCUUCCCGUUUGUGUAGAAUGUAAUGAAUGUAAUUUUCCAGGUCGUGUAUCAUCACAGUCUAUUCCUACGCAGCACUGUGGUGACA